AUGGCUAUUACCCCCAAUCAACAGGAUUCUGAUCCGAGGGGAAAAGUCCCACUACUUGAGGUAGAUGCUCGCGAUGGUGAUGUGGCAAACAUCGUUGCAACGGCUAUAUCCCACAUGAAAAUCAGUGGUGGGUGUGUGGUCCGCAACCUCCUCCCCAUUGAGACCGUAAAACAGAUUGUGCAGGAUUUUCAGCCGUACCUUGAUGACCCCGAGACAUUCCUGAAGUUUCGCCCCGGGACCACAUCAGCUACAGGACUGGCAGCCAAGUCAACCACCUUCUGUCAUGAAGUGAUCGGGAACGAAAUCUGGCAUGGUGUCAUUGACUACUUCCUGACCUACACAUAUGGCCCUUACUGGAUGGGUAAUGAGCAGCAUUCACACACGGGAAAACCACAAAUGAGCUCGACAACGACCUUCAAGGUUGGCCCUGGCGGUGAAGGUCAAAUGCUGCACCGUGAUGACAUAUUGCACUAUAACUGGCGAGGUGGAGCUCGCGAGUACGAGUUGGGUCGGGAUGUCAUGUCUGUCUUCUUUGUAGCUCUUUCCAAAACGACAGAAGCAAACGGGGCAACGCGCGUGAUUCCGGGGUCCCACUUGUGGGACUACUCUCUUCCUCCUACAGAGGAUCUUGCCAUUCACGUGGAACUAGCCCCUGGAGACGCGUUCAUGUCAUUGGGUGGACUCUUUCACGCAGGUAGUGCUAAUAGCACAACCAAUGAGGAUCGAUUGAUCGCAAUUGUGUCGGGGAUCCGGACUGAGCUACGCCAGGAGGAGAAUGCGUAUUUAACUUAUACAAAAAAAGAGAUUGAAAGGCUACCGCUGCAUCUGCAGCGUUUCUUGGGCUACACCACCGGCGAGCCUCUUCUGGGGCAUGUUGAUAUGCGGGACCCGGGGCAUCUUUAUAAUUCCGCUGUUUCUUCCAAGCGAGUGAUCUGA